GUGGUGACGUUACAUCACUUGCAGUGCAGCCAGACGCCAGCAGCAGCAUCCAGCUCGGGGACCAGCGCCACGCACAAAGCCGGCUGGCCAUAUUGUGCAGCAGCUUCCCCGCAAAUCGGCUGCGUCACACGAACCCCGCGCGCUCUCCGACGCUGGGAUAAACAAACGCACGGAGGACGGCUGCUCGCACCGACACUCCGCCAAGCUGGGAAAAUGGUCAAACUGGGGAAUAAUUUCACCGAGAAAAACAACGUGAAGGUGGUCUCCGAGGACGGGUUUGACACCAUUCCCCUCAUCACGCCGCUGGAUGCCAGUCAGCUGCAGUUCCCUCCACCUGACAAGGUGGUGGUGAAGACAAAGGCGGACUACGAUGCUGAGAGCAAGAAGGGGAAGCUGCGCUCUCCUAAGAUUGCAGAGUUCUCCAUCAGCAUCAUUGAAGGGGUUUCUGAGCGUCUGAAGGUGACUCUGCUGGUGAUCUGCGCUCUGGCUUUCCUGGUGUGCGUGGUGUUCCUGGUCGUCUACAAAGUGUAUCAGUACGAGCAGCCGUGUCCCGACAGCUUCGUUUACAUGGUAAACAACGACUAUCAUAAGUUUAGGUGAAAAAAAUGGCAAAUGUUAUAUUAUGGUGGCCCUGAAGUACAAAUCACAUCAACAAAUGGAUGCAAAAGCAAUUGAAGAUCACAGCAACAAUUAGAAAAAAAAAAAAA